AUGGAUUACAGCUGUGCAGACGACAGUAGUACAACUUCCGAGUCUCUCUCCAUCUCGACUCCGUCGGCGGCGAAGAAGACAACAACGGUGGAUAAACUCUCUCCUCCGCCGGCUUUGCGUCUCUACAGAAUGGGAAGCGGCGGAAGCAGCGUCGUCCUUGAUUUGGAUAACGGCGGCGUCGAGACCGAGUCACGGAAACUUCCGUCGUCCAAGUUCAAAGGCGUCGUGCCUCAGCCUAACGGAAGAUGGGGAGCUCAGAUUUACGAGAAGCAUCAGCGCGUGUGGCUCGGCACUUUCAACGAGGAGGAAGAAGCCGCUUCUUCCUAUGACAUCGCCGCUCGGAGAUUCCGCGGACGCGACGCCGUCACUAACUUCAAAUCCACCGCGGUUGAAAACGACGCCGAAUCGGCUUUUCUGGACGCUCAUUCCAAGUCUGAGAUCGUCGAUAUGUUGAGGAAGCACACUUACGCCGACGAGCUUCAACAGAGCAAACGGAAAUUUCUUAACGGUAACGAGAGAGGAUGUGGAUCGGCGGCGAUGACGAUGUCUCAUCACUCGCACGGAAAUGACGGCGUUUUAAGAGCGACGCGUGAGGUUUUGUUCGAGAAGGCCGUUACGCCGAGCGACGUCGGGAAGCUGAACCGGUUAGUGAUACCGAAACAGCACGCGGAGAAGCACUUUCCGUUACCGGCGAUGACGACGACGGCGAUGACUCCGUCUCCGACGAAAGGCGUUUUGAUAAACCUGGAAGACAGAACGGGGAAAGUGUGGCGGUUCCGUUACUCGUACUGGAACAGCAGUCAAAGUUACGUGUUGACCAAGGGCUGGAGCCGGUUCGUUAAAGAGAAGAAUCUCCGAGCCGGCGAUGUGGUUUGUUUCGAGAGAUCUACCGGACCAGACCGGCAAUUGUAUAUUGACUGGAAAGUCCGGUCCGGUGCGGAACAAACCCCGGUUCAGACUGUGGUUAGGCUUUUCGGGGUCAAUAUUUUCAAUGCUAAACCAAACGACGUCGCAGUAGAGUGCGGUGGCAAGAAGAGAUCUCGGGAAGUCGAUCUGUUUGCGUUAGGGUGUUCCAAGAAGCAGGCGAUUAUCAAUGUCUUGUGA